AUGACACCAGAGAAGCGUACUGUGCACAAAACUACUGUUACAAUGGUUACCAAUUUGUUACCGGAAAAAUGUUCUCGGCGGAAGUCUCCGGUGGUGAAUAGCUCCACUGUAGGUCGUAGAGUCGUGAGGAUGUCGGUGACUGACGCUUAUGCCACUGAUUCUUCCGGUGACGAAGAAGCAGAACAGAUUCGUCGGCGAAGAGUCAGGAAAUUUAUCAACGAGGUCACGAUUGAAGCUGGAUCAAGAGAUGGUGAUACUGUUAAUAAGAAGGUGAAUAAAACCGGAGAUAAAUUGAGGAAAAAGGCAGCUCCGGCGGAGAAACGGUUGAAGGUCGGUUCAGGUAAGAAGUUUCGCGGCGUAAGGCAACGGCCAUGGGGGAAAUGGGCGGCGGAGAUUAGAGAUCCGAUGCGUCGUGUCCGGUUGUGGCUUGGUACUUUUGAUACUGCUGAAGAAGCUGCAAUGGUGUACGACAACGCAGCUAUCCAGCUUCGUGGUCCUGAUGCGCUCACGAACUUCACUGUUCCACCAUUACCGGAGAAGAAACCUUCACCUGUUUCUGUUUCCUCCGGUUACAACGAAAUCACAUCACCAAAAUCCGUCCUCUGUUUCCCCUCAACUUCAACCGACGAGUCAGCAACUGAGUCAACUCACAACAGUACUUUCAACAGCACAUCACAUGAAGCUUCAGAUAUCACCGGAGUUCCCGACACCUUUUCCGAUUUCCGGCCGUUCGACGAUCAUUUCUCCACCUCCGAUUACUACGACUUCCAAAGUAUUUUCGACCCGACAACCUUAGCGGGUACUGCACUGUUUCAUGAUGUUGACCCGGUGGACAUGUUUUUCGGGUCGGGUAAAGAUUUUUGUAUCGGGUCUUCGUCUUCACCCGAAGACGACUAUCAGCAUGAGUACAGUGAUAUAUUAGGAUCGGAUCCUCUUGUGGUUCUUUAA